CACGUGGGGCGCGGCGGGCGGAUGGGCUCCAGGGCGGCGGGCGGCGGGGAGGGCUGGGGGGGGCAGGGGGGCGACGGGCGGGAGGAGGAGGAGGAGGAGGAGGAGGAGGUGGAGGAGGGAGGCGCCGAGGGCCCGCCGGCACAAUGCCUCUUCUGCGCCAGGGUGUUCGGCGCCGCCGAGGAGGUGUUCGCGCACUGCAGCGCCCAGCACGGCUUCGACGUCCGGGAGGCGGCCCGGCAGCACGGACUUGAUUUUUAUGGAUAUGUUAAACUAAUAAACUUUAUUAGACGGAAGAAACCAACAGCAGAAUAUUUGAAAUCACUCAGCAGCCCAGUGCCUUGGGAUGGAGAGGAGUAUCUGAAACCAGAGCUAGAAGAUGAUCUCCUGCUUCAGUUUGAUAUAGAAGAUGUAUGUGAACCUGCCAACACGUGUUCUAAUGGUUCAAAUGAUACAACAGUGCUUGAACAAUUAAAAUGUGCAGAACACAGAGCAAGACUCGCAGAAGCAGCCUUGGCUAGAGCACAGGAAGAUCUUCAAAAAAUGAAACAAUUUGCACAAGAUUUCGUGAUGAACGUGGAUGUUGGUAGCAGCUCGUCAUCCAAUGCCAUUGCAGACCUUCACGAGGAUGAGGAUGGUGUUUACUUCAGCUCCUACGGGCAUUAUGGGAUACACGAAGAGAUGCUAAAGGAUAAAGUGCGUACAGAAAGCUAUCGUGACUUCAUAUAUCAAAAUCCACAUAUCUUCAAGGACAAGGUGGUUUUGGAUGUUGGCUGUGGAACUGGAAUACUUUCUAUGUUUGCUGCCAAAGCAGGUGCGAAGAAAGUGAUUGGAGUCGACCAAUCUGAAAUCAUUUAUCAGGCCAUGGACAUCAUAAGAUUAAAUAAACUUGAAAAUAUUAUUACACUAGUCAAAGGAAGAAUUGAAGAAGUAGAUCUGCCCUUGGAAAAAGUGGAUGUAAUUAUAUCUGAAUGGAUGGGUUAUUUCCUUCUCUUUGAGUCUAUGCUGGAUUCUGUCAUCUAUGCAAAGGACAAGUACCUGGCAGAGGGAGGCUCAGUUUAUCCCGAUAUUUGCACUAUUAGUCUAGUAGCUGUAGGGGAUAUGAAUAAACAUGCAGACAAGCUGCUCUUCUGGGAAGAUGUAUAUGGCUUUGACAUGUCCUGCAUGAAGAAGGCUGUAAUUCCAGAAGCUGUUGUGGAGGUGCUGGAUCCAUAUACGCUUAUAUCUACAGCCACUGUUAUUAAGCGUAUCAACUGUAAUACUGCAUCCACUUCAGAUUUAGAAUUCUCUUCGGAAUUCACCCUAACGAUUACAAUGAGCACGAAGUGCACAGCAGUUGCUGGUUAUUUUGAUAUAUUUUUUGAGAAGGAUUGUCACAACAAGGUCUUGUUUUCAACUGGUCCCUGGUGUACCAAAACACACUGGAAACAAACAGUUUUUCUGCUGGAGAAACCAGUUCCUGUAGAAGCAGACUAUCAGGAAGGACCUAGAGAGGAUCUGGCAAUGGGGCUCAGUUCUGCUGGGGAGGCCCUGAGAGGAAAGAUAACAGUUCGCAAAAACAGAAAAGAUCCGCGAUCCCUCUUUAUAACUCUUUCGGUGAAGGACACAAAGCAGACCUACAGCCUUCAGUGAAAGUUCUGCGUAUAGCUUUGAGAAAUGUCAGAUAUAACUGUUAGAUUGAAGAGUUGAUAACUGUUUCUAAAUAUCCAAAAAUGGUAAACUCUUGGAUUUCUGUAUGUGCAUGAGAAUAUGAAAAGCGUACCUGGAACUAGGAGAGUACUGUUUGGAUGCUCUUGCAGUGGCAUAUGGCAGCUGGUGACACAGUGAGAUUCUGCUGUGUCUCACGGGAUGUGGGGGAAGGAAGGAAAAGCUGGAUUUGAGUUUGAUGAGACUGCUUGGUGAGAAAAAUGCCUUUAAAGUCUUGCUGUGAGGAGCAGUGAGUAUUAUCUCUGAAUAUUGUUUUAUUCUCCAGCUGGCAAAUUUUACCAUUAACGAGUAAGCAAAAUCCUUGUGCAAUUUGUUUUAGGAAAAAAGCUAAAUGAUGUGCCAGAGCAGUUCAGCAGUAGCUGGAAAAUCCCGAUGGGAAUAAAUUUGGAUUCCAAUUGCAGGAUCGCAGCAACAAAGACUUUAUUUUUAUUACACUUCUAUAAUUAAAAAGUUGUAUCACGUUUCAGUUACAUUUAUCUAAAUAAAUGAUCCGAGUAUGUUG